CUGGGCAGCGCCCCCUUGCACGAAUUCAAUCUCACGGCCGUGUAGGUUCAUGACACACUGUGGGACGACUUUUGUGCUUAUUCUUUGCCGGUUCGAUGUUUCUGUAUGACGGCGAAUCUACGAUUGUUUCUACAUUUGAGGACGCUUGUGGGGCGGCUCUUCGGCUAUCCUACAUUACUCCGAGACAGCGUUCGAAUGCAACUCUGGUGGAUGUGGUUCUGUCUAUUCUGUGUCAAUCCAUCUCCACAGUCUUGCCUUGUGGGGGUUCAGUCUCCACACCGGUCCCUCGGUGUCCACCAUUGGGGCUGUUCGAGUAAAGUGAUGAGAAUCUCGGGGCAUCAUUCGGGGAGAGAGGAACGCCGUUCUCAUCGCCGGAAUCCUUGCAGGAGACUUGUCGUUUGUACAAUCUCAACAGUCUCGCAUUGUCUUGACAUCGAGUACUACAUACAUAUUGUUAUCGACCAUUGUACCACAUUCACCUUUGCGUUUGCCACGAUUCGCUGAGCAAUACAUUCCUGCAAAACGUGCCAGGUACGAACUCGCCAUUGAUAUUGGACCGACGCAUUUCCUGUGCAUCUGGACUUGUGGAAUGUAGCGUGUCUUUGCGCUAAGGCUUGCGAAGACAGCUAUGGCAUCGACUUGACAAACGGAUCACUCAACUGGUUCCGGGAAUGUGGAUGUGUUUUUCUCUGGUCCUGUGCCCCUUUGCAAGAUGCGAUAAUGUUA